AUGUCCGCCGAAGCGACAUCCAGCGACAACUCGAUCAGCAGACAAGGCGGUAUUACUCUCAAGCUCGCCCACGGCGGCCACGGCCACAUGCGCCUUCGACAACUCGGCCCAAUCUGUCUCAAGAUGAGGCAAUCACCCGCCGAAGACAUGUCUAUCGACAUCAACUGUACUCGCUACACGUGGGCUCGAACAGGAUAUCAAGAUACAGAGACUUGA